CGUGCGCUUUGGCCCGGCCGCAGGUGAUGCUGCUCCGGAGCUUGGUUGGGGGAGGCCGGACGGUGGCCGCCGCUGCCUGCGGUCCGGGGCCAUGUCGACCCUCCAGCUGGGACCGGUGCCGAAGGCUUCCUGGAGGCGGCAGCGUUCUUUACAGGCCACACGCCUGGGUCCAAGUCCGUGAAGGCCACAGAGAUUUUGGGAAGGACCAUGUAGAGGAGGGCUCUCAAUCAGGUGCAGAUGGCACAGGGCAGCCCAAGUCGUCCUUGCCUGGCGGGGGCCCCCCAGAAGCCCGGUAUCCCCUGCCGCCUGAGCUCCAGCCCCCCACAAACUGCUGCAUGAGUGGCUGCCCCAACUGUGUGUGGGUGGAGUAUGCAGACGCACUGCUGCGGCAUUACCGAGAUGGUGGCCAGGGGGCCCUGGCUGCCCUCGAGGAGCACGUGACUGACGAGAACCUCAAGGCCUUCCUCAGGAUGGAAAUCCAGCUCCGAGUGAGGAGUGGAGGCUGAGCCGACUUGCCCAACACCCACGCCGGCUCCAGCCUGACAGCUCCUUCUCAGGAAGCAGCACGGAGCUUUACUUGUGGCCCUUCGUGAGGCCGGAGUCAGACAGGAACAGAAGGAAUUAUUUAAUGACUUCAUCUGAGAAUAAAUAAGUCU